AUGUGCGAAAUAACUGCACGCGUAGCAGUUGCCUUGAAGUGCGCUGUGGAAGAGUCUGCGCAGACCAGGGAAGCAGUUGCGCUCCUCAAUGAUCAGGUCCGAAUGGCAGAAGCUGCUUUGAAAUCAUCCCCCGCACUGGAAGCUGAUGAAGAUUUGCAGCGCUGCCUGCAGAAAGUAACCAAACUUGGACGCUCUGCACUGUUUGGUGAAGUCAAAGGCACCUCGACAGCAAGUGUUUUUGGCCGGCUUUGGAACGACAGCUUAGACCGACAGAAGCGCAGAUUCUUGCAGAAAGAGCGCCGGGAAAAGAUUCAGUCGGCGCUGCAAUCUGCCCCCGUUUAUGUCCUGGACGAGAAUCCAGCAGAAAGAGUAGGCCGACCAUGCAGCGCCUCCCGAACUCAGCAAACGGAGGAGACUGAGGCGAUCGAAGUUUCUGCAAAGCCUUCACUGUCUUCCGCGCCUGCGCCACUUGAUCCAUCAAACGCAUCAACGUCGCCAAGUGCUGAGGAUGCACAUCGUCGGCCUUCGAAGACACUGCUUCCAUCGGACUUGUCUUUGCGACACGUAAGCCGACGAAGAGCUUCUGCUCCAGAGGUGAUCACUCGCUCAUGGUGCUUGUCUGACCGGCCUUCAAAUCAGAGUGCUACAGCUUCCAAUUUGUCACCCCCUUCCCCCACAGCUUCUUUGAUCAUUCGACAAUUUUCACCGUCUCCAUCACGCCUCUCUGAUCCACAAGUUGACCUUGCGACUGAGCCGCAAGAUGCCCAUGGUUCAGCAGCGGUGCCGCAUGCGCCUUUGCAGCCAAAGGCUUUGCCGCGGUCCCCAAGGCCGCUCAAAGCAAGACCGGCAUUGGAGGAUUCUCCUGAUGAAAACGAUCCCCUGGCGCAAGCACGGAUGCGGCCACGGGCA